AUGUCCGACAGCGACGUCAACGCGGGGACCGAGGCGGUCGCGCACGACGAAGACAAUGAGCCGUACGAAGUGCUGUACGAAGGAAUGGUGAAGCGCAAGUCGGGCGCUGGUCGCACACUGAAGCCAUGUCUACUGCGCAUCUACGCCGACGGAGUCGUCGUUGACUUGGGCGUCCAACGAGAGUACGCUCUACUUGACGUGGCGGAGUGGCAGAUCGACCGUAAGAAGAUCAAGGACGCUACCCUGACGGACGCCGGUCUCCGCGUCGACUGCCGCGGCGACGAAGACCGCGUCGUCACGUUGUGGCUCGUCCUCCCAUCCGACCAAGAGCGACACAAGUGGAAAGUCUUCCUGAUGGCAGCUUUGCACCCAAAUAGCAAGGAAGGCCAACGCGUGCGGCAACUGGUUGCGCAGCAACGCCAGCAAGAAAAGAUCCGCAUCGCAGAAAUCGAACGCACGCGCGACGCCAUGGCGCAAGCCCAGAAGCCGCUGAAGAAGAAAACACCGGGGGUGGCGAUGAAAUCGACGCGCGCGCUGCUGGCGCCAGCGAGUCCGGCGCCGAAUCACGCUUCUGGAUGGCAAAAGUUUACGAGCGACGAUGGCCAAGAGUACUAUUACAACGCGAUCACACAGGAAAGUCGGUGGACGUUGUUAGGCGCUGGUCCCCUGCCGCGAUCCAAGAGUGGAAGCAAGGCCCGGCUCGACCAAACCGGCGACCGGCGCCCGCGUAGCAGCAAGAAACGAGCCGACGGGACGCGUCGAAAGAAGGCAGACGACACACAGCCACGACCCGUUGUCGAGGCUUCAUCGAGUGGCUCGGAUGACGUGUCGAAGCCCGACGAUCGCGCGAUCAAGCCAACGGUCGAGGACGUUGUCGAUCCAGCGUUCGCUCGGUUGGAAACGAGUCGUCGCAUGCUGGUUGAAGCGACCGACGCACCAGACAAGCAAGGAUCAUGCCAGGAGGAGGACGGCCCAGGAAAACACAGCGACGUCGCGAAUGCGUUGGAGAUGAUGCUGGGAAGGGGGCGUCCAAAGCCCACCACAACCGGCUCCACGCAAGGCGACGACGUCGGGCCUGUGAUCCCUGGUGUCGACCAUCUCACGCUGGACGAUCCGAACUUCACGACCGCGGAACGACUUCGGAUGAAGCGGCAGCAGCGGCAGCAUCAAAUGGUCACGGCCGAUGACGAGACCGACUUGUUUUUGCACACGUUGGCCGCCAAGGCCAAGCAAAAGAACGCUCGCACGACAACGGUCGAGGAUGCCGCCGCGCCAGGAAAUCCCGAUCCGUUCCAGUUUCCGUUGGAUGCAUGGCUCGACGUCGAGCAAGAGAUCUUGUUCGAGCCCAGUCCCUCGCCAACACACAAUGGCAGCAGCAUGACGACGGUCGGGCACGUGCGUUUGGAUGAAAAGGGCACACGCAAGAAGAAAUCCAAACCAAAGUCGACACGUGCCGCCGCGCCGCGUCGACCCCCGCAAGCGCCCCCGACGACGCCACCAUCCCAAACAAACGUGUCGUCCGAGGACAAAGCCAUGGCGCGAGUUGUCGCGCCAAAGGCCAUCCACGCAAUGUCCCAGCACGGCAAGAAGCCGACGAAAGCAGGAAGGGCUGCGGACGCCGCUGCUGCCAUGACGUCCAAGCGAAACCCGCCACCGAAACGAAUCCACAUCUUGAGCGACUCGACGGACUCCGACUCGGCGCCAUCCCGUGCCGCUACCCCUCGAGCCGUCGAGGACAGCAGCGCAGCCACGUCAGCACAAUCCGCCGUGGACUGGUCGCGACCCCGUGCUGGUCCAGGCGCCGCAAGUGGCCACCACAACGCGCCAUCGUCGACAUGGACCGCCCCCGACGACGGCAAAGAGUACGAUUCCAACUCGUCAACGCAGACCAGCGUCUGGGACAAGCCGAUCGAGUGGACGGCGCAGCAGCACGUGCCGGUCGACGCGCUGUCUCUCGUGCACGAGCGCACCACGUCGCACGAGUUGCCGACGACGACGACGUUGGCAGCAGCGAUCGCCCUUCUUCCACCGCACAUCAAGAUCGACCCAACCAUUUGUCCGCACUGCCACGCCGCCAGGCCGACCCAACGAUGUGUCGACUGCGAAUCGAUCUUUUGCGACGCGUGCUGCGCGACCCAUCAUCGUCGGUACGGCUCGAUGGUCAACCACACGAUCGCAUUGCUGUCCGCGCCGUACUGCCACUCGUGCCAAGCGUCAAGCGCGACCCAAACGUGUGUCGAGUGCCGCGUGCAUUUGUGCGACGCGUGCGCGUCCUUUUUACACCGAAAACGUCCCAAACACUUGCACAAGCGCGUGCCAGUGUCUCAGCACACCGCUGCGCCGCCGCUUGCAAUUCAAGACGGCGGAAUUCCCAUGCACCAAACGCACGCCGAGCCCAUGGUAGUUGUAUCGCCGCCACAGGCGCUGCUGUACCAGCCACAGCGUCAGCCUUUUCACGCGCGUGAUACCGCAGCCGUGUCGCCAGGCGGAAGGCACGGCGUCACGACGGCCGUCGUGGUGGCGGCUGGUCCGUCCGCGCCGUCGAUGGCCGUGCCUCACAUGCCUCGUUGCGCCACGUGUGGUGGCUGGGGUGUCGAUUUCAUCGCGCCGUCGCGCAGGACGUGCGACCACUGCGAUCGGCUGGCGACGUUCCAGCCGCAAUUGAAACUCGGCGACAUCGACUGGGACGAAGGCGACGAGGAAGACGGCGGCGACACAGCUCGGGCUUCGUCCAGUAGCAGUAGUAGUGGGUGGGAAUAACGUGCCAUCGCUGGCGUCCUGUACUGCACAGCGCCGCCGACCCUUGACGGCGCUGCAUCAUCCA